AUGGACACACCGACAAACGAGAUGUCUAUUGGCUCGGACAAAUCCAGUUUUCUGCACUUCCCUCUGGAGAUUUGGGAUAUGAUCAUCGAGCAGCUAAAACAUGAAGAGUCUCCCCAGCACCUAAGCCGACUUGCGCAAACAUGUCAGAUGCUUUAUCAGAGGACUUUACCUCUUCUCUACAGUCCAGUAUGCCUUGCCAACUCGGAAAGCGGGGCUCGUCUUGCUGUUGCGAUAGAACAACGCCCAGAGUUGGCUGAACUCAUCCGUGAAAUUCGACACAAGGAAGACAGUGGCUCAGAGUUGUCCUCCGGACGUCAUCUAAAAUUUUACAAAAUGGCCGCGGGUUUGCCGAAUUUGGAGACGCUGAGUUUGAGAAGAAACCCCAGACCUCAUAAGUUUGAUAAGUGGACCGUCCAUAAUAUACAAACCGUGGAGGCACGGGAAGCGGCCAGAGAAGCCCAGACUGUCGGAGAAUACCGCGACAUGGGGUUUGGACCUCUUGGACAGUCACAAUUCAGUCCUCCAGAUAUCCGAACCAUUCCUUUCGACUACGACCGUGGCGACGAAACCUUAUUCUGGCAUGCACUGCUCCAACACCCACCAGGACUGCCCGCACUGCGUGUCUGUCAUAUUGGGAGCGACUUUAACCAUGACAAACACAAUCUCAACAUGGACUGUGCUAACUUACCGCAAUUCAACGAGGCCAUUUUCCGUCAUCCAGGUCUACGGGUGCUCUGCAUCACUGGGGCUACAUUCCAAUUGGUUUUAGAUCCCUCUCACCUGUUGAGACACACCAACACACAGCUUGAAGACUUGACCCUCUUGAACUGCGUCAUAGAGGAUAGAGAUCUGAUGUAUUUGCUCGAAUGUCCACGAGCCUUGAAGCGGUUUACUUUUAGGGCGACUAGAAUCCCGGAUUCGGACGGAUACCAACCAGAAAAUGACUAUACGCAAGCGCUGCUCAAGCAUCAGGAUUCAUUGGAGUACAUAGAUUACGAUCUCUACUGGGGCAGUGAUGACUUGACAUACUUCAGUAUAUUCACCAAACUCAAGCAUCUCACCGUCACGCUCAGCUCACUGGCAGGCGUAAAUUGCCUUCAGUUGACCCCCGAGGAUGAACUUCUGCCACCGAGUCUUGAGAGUCUCACAAUACGUUAUGACGAGGUGAAAUCCUGGGUGCCUUCAUAUGUCCACGAAUGUGUGCAGGGCGGCUGGCUCCCGAACCUGCGUCUCCUCACCUGCGAGGUAGCGAAUAUCAUUGAACAUCUUCCCUCAGCCAAUAUAGACAAGUUCAAUCUGCCUGCCACGGAAAUCUGCCAGGUGAUCAACACCUGGCAAAGCCAGUUCGAGGAGUUCAAUGUGGAGCUGCGCGCGGAAAUUGUGCCGUAUCCGCUCGAUGUCCCCAAAUACGAGGUGUGUGUCUGCGAAUGCUUGCCGUUCUUCCACCGCAUGUUCUUCCAUCCCAGAGUCGAAUUACCAGUGCCUUGGGAAGGGAAUGAACAAGAGGACGUGUUCUAUGAUGACUGGGCCGACAUCGACGAUGAGCAUGACCUGGACGACGAGAUUGAAGAUCUUGUCUCGGAAGGAUUUGGAUCUGACAUCUCGGGCUGA